GUUUCAUUGGCAUUUUGUGUGUACAUCGCUUGAUAUCGCGAGAGGAUAAUGGCUCUCAUGUUUGCACUCCUGUUAUCGCGAGAGUGGGGAAGAGUGACUUGCGUGAAAUUAUCUGGUGUCGGCGUCUGAGCCUGAGGCAAACCAGCUACCAUGGGGAACAUUUUUGGCAACCUUUUGAAGAGCCUCAUUGGGAAAAAGGAGAUGCGAAUUUUGAUGGUCGGACUGGAUGCAGCUGGAAAGACCACAAUCCUGUACAAACUGAAGCUGGGAGAGAUAGUGACGACCAUUCCUACCAUUGGUUUUAAUGUGGAGACUGUUGAGUACAAGAAUAUUAGUUUUACAGUGUGGGAUGUUGGCGGUCAGGACAAAAUUCGACCUUUGUGGCGCCACUACUUCCAGAACACGCAAGGUCUGAUCUUCGUGGUUGACAGCAAUGACCGUGAGCGAGUGAAUGAAGCCAGAGAAGAGCUGAUGAGGAUGCUGGCAGAGGAUGAACUGAGAGAUGCUGUACUCCUCGUCUUUGCCAACAAGCAGGAUCUGCCAAAUGCCAUGAAUUCUGCAGAAAUCACAGAUAAACUUGGUCUCCACUCCCUGCGCCACCGAAACUGGUAUAUCCAGGCAACGUGUGCCACCAGUGGAGAUGGUCUGUAUGAGGGCCUGGACUGGCUGGCAAACCAACUUAAGAACAAGAAAUGAAGCAGACUGAAUCCAUGUAAAACUGAUGGGAGAAGAGUCACCUGAGUGGGAGCUCAUCAGGGAGUACCAGUUUCUUUUAUUCAGUUUACAAGUUGAGACCAAUGGGAGCCAAGUCAUCUCAGACAAUUGAACAAUCCUUCAGUGUAUUCCCUUGCUAUGCCCCCAGUAAGCCCUUUUCUCUCUAUGCCAUGACUGAUUUAUGUAAAGAUGGGGUGGCAACCAUGAUGUUCUUCUUUACUUGUAAAAGUAUAGAUGGUUUGCUAUUUUUUUUGUAGUCAAUUGGAUUUAGAAAUCACAAAUGAAAGAUGAUAUUCUAUUACUUUUGCAUACUGUAGACAUAUAAUAGAGAGUGAAUGAAAAGCUUUUACUUAUGUUUGUGAGGAACUGGAGACAUAGAACAAGAGAACCCAUGCGCAGACGACAUCGGGGAGUGAACACAGAACAUUUAUUAUAAAUAAACAUGAAAACAAAAGCCCGCGAGGGGGCAACACAACAUUAAACAUGAAUUACUAACACUGACUAGACAUAAACACUCCGAUGAAAUCAUUAAACUGAAAGACCACGAAAGACUGCAUAACAUGACACGAUACAGCACAAUGAUUCAGCACAAGACAAGAGACAAGAGGAGAUUAAAUAGGGGAAACUAAACAAGAUAACGAGGGCAACACAGGUGAGAGGGAUGAACUGAUAAUGAA